AUGGGGGCCUUCACAGCCGUCGUGAACGGCGCUGCCGAAUCUACGUACCCCGAAUCGAGGGUGCUUAUCAUCAUCACUGGAGGCACCAUCUGCAUGCAGCCUUCUGCCGGAGGUCUCGUGCCUGUUGAUGGGUUCUUGGAAAAUGCGAUGGCGCCGCGGCCAUCGUUUAAUGACAUGACCGAGAGAGUCCCCUUAAGCGCUGUCAAAGAUGGAAAUAAAGUCACAAUCAACAGCUUACGCACACCCCCGAGCUCAUAUUCAAGGCACAUCCGAUACGGCGCCCUUGAAUUCUUACCGUUGCUCGAUUCUUCUAGUAUUAGCAGUUUUGGCUGGACUCAGAUUGCGAGUACUAUUAAGGCGAAUUAUCACUUAUUCGACGGGUUUGUCGUGCUUCACGGAACCGACUCCCUAUCCUACUCAGCUUCAGCUUUAUCUUUCAUGAUGGAAGACCUAGGAAAGCCGGUUGUCCUGACCGGUUCCCAAGCGUCCAUAUUCGCGCUUCAGUCAGACGCCGUCGACAACCUCCUCGGCUCCCUCAUCAUAGCCGGCACCUUCAUAAUCCCGGAGGUGUGCCUCUUCUUCCACCACACGCUCUUCCGCGGAAACCGCACCACCAAGGUCUCCGCGUCGUCCUUCGAAGCCUUCGCUAGCCCCAAUUGCGAGCCCCUGGCCAAGGUCACCAGCCUCGGCGUCGACGUCAACUGGUCGCUCGUCAGGCGUCCGACCAAGAUCGCCCAGUUCACCAUCACCAGCUACCUGGACACCGCGCACGUGGCCUGCGUCCGCAUCUUUCCCGGCAUCAAGCCCGAGAUGGUGGACUCGGUCCUAAGAGUUCCCGGCCUGCGCGGCCUGAUCCUGGAGACUUUCGGCAUGGGCAACGCGCCCGAGGGCGUCGACGGCAGCUUAACUAAAGUCAUCGCGUCGGCGGUCGAGCGCGGCGUCGUGAUCGUCAACGUCAGCCAGUGCACCAACGGCUUCGUCUCGCCGCUGUACGCGCCCGGGUUCGCGCUCGGCCGGGCCGGCGUCGUGUUCGGCCACGAUUUAACGUCCGAGGCCGCGCUCACGAAGCUCUCGUACCUGCUCGCGCUGCCCGGGCUCACUAAUGCUGAUAUAGCGGCACGCAUGGGCCGCUCGCUGCGCGGCGAGCUUACGGAGCUCGCGACGCCUAGCUUCUCGCACCCGCCGUCCGUGUCGGGCGAUACUAAUAAUAACGGCGGCCUCGACGCGGGCCGUCUAGGAAAACCCGAGCAAGCGUUCGCGGCGCUGGGGUACGCGAUCGCGGCGGGCGACGCUCGGACCGUCGUCGAGAUCCUCGACGAGGCGGACGAGGAGUGGCUGCUGCUCCAGAAGGCGGAUUACACGGGGAACUCGGCGGUGCAUCUCGCGGCCGUGGGGCCAGACCCCGAGGUCCUGAAGGAGUUGCUGGUUCGUGGGGCCAGCGUGCAUGCAAGGAAUAGGGCGAAUCAUACGCCGCUUUUCUUGGCGGGGCAGGUUGGUAAUGAGGUUUGUGUUGGGUUGUUGGAGGAGGCGGGGGCGGUGCUUUGGGAGGAGGAGAAGGAGAAGGAGAAGGAGAAGGAGAAGGAAAAGGAAAGGGAAAAGGAAAAGGAAAAGGGGAGUGGGUUGGGGGUGUGA